UCUCAAGAGGGGCUAUGUGGCCAGCUGCAAACAGCCUGUGAAUAUACUUCCACGCAAGAUAUUACACUUACCAGUGACUUACCAAGCGAACUUCAGAAAGUUUGUACCUCAAUCCAUACGGACGUCCGCCGAGAAAAUGAAAGAGAAGGUUUGUUGCGGCCAUGGGGUCUAUAUAUAGGGGCGGACAACAGCCGUGUACUGACACAGGUGUACACCGGAGUAAAUCUGUCAAUUCUCACCUCGAAUGUAUUUCUCCGCCGAGGAGUGAUACCAAUAUAUUGGAGCGAUCCAAUAUAGUGAAACGUAACCACUUUCCAGAAGUUCUCUGUGUUUUUAGAGCGAAGACAAAUUGACCCAGGUGACUUAUCCUAGUGUGGAAGUGAAAGAGAAGAUAAACAACAUUCUCGGUUCAGAAAUGUUUCUAUCAGAACAAUACGGCGACAAUGUUAACAACACUUCAAACAAUGGCGGAGCUACAUAUUCAGGCAAAGCUGGUAAAUCUUUUAAAUCAAGAUAAUAUUCAGCUCAGGAAUCCACCUUACACAACAGAGGACAGCGAGGCAGGACAGCAAUCACUUCAGGAGCUUGCAGUGAACUAUGCCCCCAUUGUGUGCAUCUCUGUGUCUGAAGUGGCCAGUGCCUUGGAGAGCCUACGAUCCCAGGCAGUAAAGAGUGGAAUGGGGAACAAGACCUACAGAGAGACAUGUGUGGAACUCUUUCUGCCUAAAGACUUGAAAAAGUAUACCAAGAAGAAUUACUAUUUGGAGACAAAACUGGAUGUCCUUGCUCAAGAUAUCAUGGAUAGGAUUACUGAACAAUAUGGACUUAAAUACAUCCAGUUAAUUUUUAAAGGGAAGACACUGACUCCUGAGAAGCGUCUGGAUGAACAGAAUGUGAAGAACAAAAGUAAGAUGAUGGUUCUGCGGGUGAGCGUGCCAGAGAGGAAGAAACAGAUGUUGGCGGUGGAGGAGGAGAAGAAAACGCAGGACCAGAGUGUCCAGAGAACCCAGAAGGGCUUCCAGAUCCUAUCAGAGAGAGAUGGCACCAAUGACCCAGCCACGACUCCAUUCCUAGAGAUUGCUGAUCAGAAGGGGAACCCUCUGAAAAUACCUCACAGUGAGAAAAAGGCUCUGAUUUUAGCCAUGGGGUUCCAUGAGAAAGGCCGUGCUCUGAUGAAGAGGAAACAGUAUGAAGCUGCUCUGGGCCACCUGGUGCAAGCUGACGACCAGUUUGUUAAGUGUGACUCCAAGCUCUUGAACACAGUGGACAACUAUGCAGUACUGCAGCUGGACAUUGUGUGGUGCUACCGAGCCUUGGAGGCCCUGUCCUACCUGGAUGACGGCAAGCGGAGGCUGCAGAUGGCCGAGGACUGCUUCCACAAUUGCUACGGAGACCAGCAGCAGAGGCUCAUGAAGAUCAAGGGAAACGCCAGAGGAGAGGAGGUGCUGUUCCUCAGGCUGUACCUCCUGCAGAGCAUACUGGCGCACAUGGUUGGUAAAGAGCGCCAGGCCACACAGAAGCUUAAGCAGGCUGAGGAUCUCUAUGGGCGUCUGUGUCUGGACCCAGGGGAUAUAAAAGAGCUGAAGGAUCUGGGGUUCUCUGAGCAGGAAGCCCGUCUGGGUCUGAGGGCCUGCCAUGGCAACGUAGCCGAGGCCGCGCUGCACAUCACCCAUAGGAGACAGGAGAGGGAGGAGAUGAAACAGAAGGAGCGUGAGAAGAGGAGGAUGUGUGUGGAGGGCCUGGCUACCCUCAGAGAGCUGGGUUACUCCAAGAAAGACGCUGCCUGGGCCCUCCUUCAGACAGACGGAGACAUGGACGGAGCCUACAGGAUGCUUCUAGAUUCUGCUGUUAGAACCAACAACACAGAGCUCCCCAUAAAUCAAUCAAAGGUUGAGCAGCUGACAUACCCGGGUUUUGAGCCGGAGGUGGCCCUGAGGCUGACGGGGGAAAACAUUCAGGUGGCCAACCAGGUGGUCCUGCCCCCAGAACUGCUGUCCCCCUUUCCCGCCUCCUCACUGUCCGAGGAGCCCAGCACCACCUCCGAGUCCGCAUGUAGGACUCGUAUGCACGCACUGUUUCCAGGCUCUGGGAGCCAAGGGGAGGCCCCUAUGGACGUCGACCUGGUGAAUGAGGUGCUGAAGGACAUCCCUCUACACGAAGAGGACUACCUGGACCUGACCCUGGAGGAGGAGAGCGAGGUCAUAGACAAGAUGAAGUCCUACCUCUACAAGAACUCUGCCUCCUCCAGCUAAAGUACUGUCCAGCCAUUUUGAAAGCACUUCCACCACCUAUUCCACGGUGUUUGAUUUUAGUCUUUUUAGGCCCCAAAUUAGGUUCGUUUUUCUCUCCUCCACAAGCAAUAUAUUGAAAAUUAUAUCUUCUGUUUUUGUACUAAAGUGUUAUUAAUUGAGUUUAAUAACAUAAACAUUUGUAGCUGGUUGACUAUAAUAUGUGAAGAUGUAAACUGACCAGGAUUAAAGACAAUAAAUUUAAGCAAAUUAAGAUUUUGUAGAUAAACAUUGUUAUUGCUCUAUGCUUAAUAGCUACAGAGGACACAAGUUUGAUUAUUUUGAAGGUUCAUGUUUGAGAUUUCAACACAGAAUUUAGAAUGUGAGGCUCUGAGGCUUAUAAUUGUAUGGUAAAGGGAUUUUUGGUUGCUUGUGUAAAAGAUGGUUCUAUUUUUCUUCAUCGCAAAUACUUUUGAAAACAAAUGGAGAUUACAACAUUGAAAAGUACAAACUGAAAAAAAACAAAGGCAAGGUUUAUGUUUGAGAUCCCUUUUUGACGGAAUUUGAUUAAGUUACAAUUAUGUUUUUGAUGUAAUGUUUUUUAUGGAGUUUGAUUGCCAAUAUGACAAUACAUGACUGCACUUAGCCUAUUAAAAACUAAAUUACACAUCUGUUAACAUAUAUAUAAAUCCAGUGAGCUUUUCUUGCAAUUUAUAGACUGACAUUUGAGAUUUAGAUAUGAUUAUUUAUCACUAGGUAGUGUGGAGGUAGUGAACUAUUUUUUUUUUAAAGUAACUUUAGUUAAGUAAACAACGCUGAACAAAAAUAUAAAACUCAACAUGUCAAUUGUUGUUCCCAUGUUUCAUGAGCUGAAAUAAAACAUCCCAGAAAUGUUC